AUGAAUGGAUUAACGAGAGAUGAGAUUGAAGAACGAGCAAAACGAAGUUUUAGUUGUGGAGGAAAUACUUUCAAUGAUAUUUAUAGUUGCAGAGGAGGAUAUCAUCAAUUUAACGAAAGUGUUGAUGAAUUAAUAAAAUAUGACUCAACAGAAAUUUGUAAAUUACAUACAACUAAAGAAGUUCUUGUGUCAUUGAUUAAAAAUGCGUUAUUAAAAACUGACUUAAUUGAAGCAGUUGAUAUUAGUAAAAAAGAAGAAAAAAGUGAUGAACAAAUAAUUUCAUUUAAAGAAUAUAAAUUAGUAUUUGAUGGAAAAGAAUGGAUUAAUCAAGGACUUGUUAAAUAUUGUCAACCUCAAAAAUUAAUUAUUAGAAGAAAAGAAGAAAAAGGAUAUCAAUAUUCGUUGUUUUAUAAUCCAUCUUUAAUUGAAUCUCCAUUAAACACUCGAUGGAAUUGUGAAUAUAAAAUAAUUAAUGAAACCAUUGGAUUAUCAAUGACUAUAGGGGGAAAUGCCUCUGUUGGAGUUAUUCAAUUUAUAGAGAACUUUGGCUAUUUUGAAGGGAAAAAAGGAGAAAAUAAAUACAGAAUUGAACCAUCUUUUGUUCUUGCUAUAUUAUGUGGUAUUGUAUCAGAACAAACUAUUGAAACAUAUACUGAAUAUAUUAAUAUUAAAUCAUCAUUGUUAAAACAAACAAUUUCAACAUUAUACUCUCGACUCAAAUUAACUCAAGACUUCAGUGAAGCUAACUGGAUUAAUAAACAAAUCACAAAAAGUGAAUUAUUAUUAAAACAAAAUGAAGAAAAAUGGGAUAAAUGCACAAAGCAAUUAAAAAAUUAUUUAAUUUAUGAUUAUUAA